AUGGUGACAGAAGAUUCUCAAGACGUCCCAAUGGGAUCGCCUCCCGAACCGCCUGCUGAAGUAGACCAAGAGCCCAGAUACGGUGGCUAUUCACGAUUCGAGGUUGAGCUUGAGUUUGUUCAGUCCCUCGCAAACCCGGCCUACCUCAACCAUCUUGCCUCUCAGAAACUUCUCAGCCAACCUGCCUUUGUCGCAUAUCUUGCCUACCUACAAUACUGGAGCAAACCGCCGUAUCUCAAGUACCUAACGUACCCCGGCCCGACACUACGACAUCUGGAGCUCCUCCAGCAGGAGACGUUCCGGCAACAGAUCAUCAGUCCUGAUGUUGUGAGGGCACUCAUGGAGGAGGGCAUGAAGGCAUCAGUCGAUUGGCACCGAGAGAGCUAG